AUGAGCCCCGGGGGCGCGGGCUGCUCCGCUGGGCUGCUGCUGACGGUCGGCUGGCUGCUCCUGGCGGGCCUCCAGUCGACGUGCGGGAUCAACGUCACCGCCGUCCAGGAUCCCAGCUUGGUCAGUGAGGGCGAGAACGAGGGCGAGGAGGAGGCCGAGAAUGACAGCGAGGUCGAGAACGAGCCCCAAGCUGAGGCCGAGCAGGAUGUUUCAAAUAAGACGGUAGUCAAAGAAGUAGAAUUUGGGAUGUGCACCGUUACAUGUGGUGUUGGUAUCAGAGAAGUCUUAUUAACCAAUGGAUGCCCUGGUGGUGAAUCCAAGUGUAUCGUACGAGUAGAAGAAUGCCGUGGACCAGUAGAUUGUGGCUGGGGUAAACCAAUUUCAGAAAAUCUCGAAAGUGUUAGACUGUCAUGUGUUCAUACAUCUCCUGUAAACCGUUUCAAAUAUGUUUGGAGACUUCUAAGGCCAAACCAACAAGCCGUUAUACUUGCAAAUGAUUCAGCAAUCCUGGAGGUUCAAAGGGAAACUCACCCCAUGGCUUUCCAGUGUGAAACAUUGGACAAUAAUGAAAUAGUAGCAACUGUUAAAUUCACAGUCUAUACAACAGCUGAAUUGCAGAUGAAAAGAUCAAGCCGACCAGACACUGAUGCAGUCCUAGUUUUUGUGCUGACCAUAGGAGUUAUUAUCUGUAUAUUCGUGAUCUUUGUACUGAUCUUCAUAAUUGUAAACUGGGCGACAGUCAAAGAUUUCUGGGCAUCAAAAGCUUCAACAACUGAGAUACAAUCUGAGCUGAGUUCAAUGAAGUACAAAGAUUCAACUUCUCUUGACCAGUCACCAACAGAAAUACCUGGACAUGAAGACGAUGCUUUAAGUGAAUGGAAUGAAUGAUGUAUGGGUGAUGUAUAACAAACCAAAGGAGAUUAGAGCGUAUCAGAUUCAUUAUUAUAAAAAUAAACCAUAUAGCAAAA